AUGGUACUGACCACCACGUGUUCUUCUGUUCUUUUAUUGAUUUUAGGGAACCACCUAGACGACUACGUCUUGGUCGGGUGCUACGCGGACAGCCAGAGCGGUCGGAUCAUGUUCAACAAACAGUCAGAGGAUGUCAUGUCUGCAUCCGUGAGUUGCACCGUACUAUUGCUGAGGACUCUCGCUUUUUGGAUUGGUGCUUGGCGCGCGCAGAUCUGCUUCGACCUGUGCAACGACGGCACCAACACGCACUUCGGCACCCAGUACGGGGAAGAGUGCUGGUGCGGUAUACACCCGGCCCUGGCGAGGCACGGGGAGCUGGACAUCGAUAGUUGCGACUUUCCCUGCGCGGGCAACGAAGAAGAGACCUGCGGUGGGUUCGACAAAAUGACCGUGUACGACAUCCAAGCCGUGAACGGUGGCACCGGCACCGACUACGAGGGCUGCUUCCGCGACGCGCUGCCCCGGGCGAUGCCGGGGGACCCCCUCGUGUUUGACGCCAUGACCAACAAGCUAUGCGUGGACCACUGCGCUAGCCUUGGAUAUGCCUGGGCCGCAACCGAAUACGGCCAAGAGUGCUUCUGCGGCAACAACGAAGAACCCUACACGUACGACAAAAUUGAAGAGGAGGAGUGCGACUUCAGUUGCCCCGGGAACUCAGCGGCCCCCGACGAGAACUGUGGUGGGCGGUGGGCUCUGAGCGUCUACUCUGCGUACCCCACGCAGCUGUAGGGUGAUGACCCUGAUCGAACCGACAGUUCUCGGCGCGCUCGGGCGGCGAAGCCCCCAAGAAAGGGGCAAUCCGAUCCGAAACGCGAACUGUUUACACAAGACACGGACUAGCAAGUGUGGUACAAAUACAGGUGAUUUUUCCAUAAGUAGGGCGCGGUAACGUAGACUAUUGUUCCAGUUAUGUUCUCGAAAUCACCGGGCUACUGUUUUGACAGUGUAUUUUCUGUUGUUUCGUUUUUCCUUCCGUUGUCUGUUCUUUUCUUCUCGCGUUCAGAUUUUUUCUGGUCCUGUUAAGACUAGUCUUUGUGCAGCGCGUUAUUUUGUCCCAUUUGUUGUCUUCUUUUCUUCUAGAGGUCAAACGAUAAUCUUACGACUCAUCGAGUGAGAGGUAUGGGAGGGUGAGUUGUGCUGUUUUGGGGAUCCACAUCCUCGAUUUUUUGUUUUGGGAUUCGAUAAUUGUCUGUCAAGCCCCGAGGUUUGUAGUAUCUGCGUACGAGAACCUCCAGGGUGAGCUAGUGUUAUAGGAGAAGUUGAGACGGAACAGAAUAGAGAAUGGUUCCUGAGAACCAUCCUCGAGGAAACAUGACUCCCUGUUCUGGGAAGUUGUAACUCCCGGUGGUAGGCCAAACAAGGGGACAGAUCCUCCUGUCCCCUCUUGAUGCAGCUCGUUCGGAGCCCCUUUGUCUUAGUUCCUAUCCAACCGCGACUCAUCAGCUGCUGCUGCUGCUCUGCAAGAGUUAAUAACAAGUGCGUUAUCUACACCGGGUCUUCCAGUUAGCACAGCGCGUGCUUUUCCAUUACACUUGGCGUGUCGGCUUCAUCGUUCCGCGUGCUGCUGGGCUGAUUUUGUUAUGUGCAUGUCUUGUGACCUUUCGUAUGCUGGCCUCGCCCAGCCUUCGUUUGUUGCUACAGCAGUCAGCUUUGCUUUUGUCUCGCCUUCGAUAGGUCUCAACCUAGCGUCGGCUCUUCGGACUCUGCCUCUGCAAGUCCUGAGCGUUCAGAGCACUCAAGCUCGUCGUCUGUGUCUUUGCAUGAUGGUGUUGCUCACGACGUACCCGCAGUAGCUCAGCAGCAGACCUCCACUGGCGGCGCUGAUGUUGAUCCGCUUGCUGGUGCCUCCGGUUCACCACACCAACCUCAUUUAGGCCACACACGCCUGAGGCCCGCCUCGAAGGCUUCGGCCGACGCUAACCCCGUGGGUGCUAUCCUCAAACCGCCGGCACCCACACAAGGAACCUCACUUCCUGCACAGGAAACCUCGCUUUCCGCGUACCUUCGGGUUCUCCCCAAAAGCAUGUAGAUCAGCAGCCUUUCGUUUUCCCGCGUGCUGAUGCU